CGCCCGCUCGCUCGCGUGUCCUCGGCGUGAACCGGAACCGCUUGCGGAAGUCGCCGCUGCGGGCCCGGCGCCGGCCAGGAGCGCGGUGGGAGGCGGCCUGCGCGGCGCCGCCCGCCAUGGCCGCGGCGGGGUGAGCUCUGCGUGGGGCUGCAGUCGCGGACUCGGGCUCCUCCGCCGCGAACCGGGGGCCGCUGGCCGCCGUAGCCGCUCGCUCGUCGCCGCCGUCCAUGGCGAGGCCCCGCCGCCGCCGCCGCUGCUGACCCGGGGCCGGCGCGCCUUCCGCCCUCCACGGGGCGCGGGCGGCCUGCCUUUGCGCCCGAGCCUGCGCCCGCGCCCCGGGGCUAGCAGCCCGGCGCUCGACGAUGGGGAACACGACCUCGUGCUGCGUGUCGUCUAGCCCCAAGCUCCGCAGGAAUGCGCACUCGCGGCUGGAGUCCUACCGGCCCGACACGGACCUCAGCCGCGAGGACACGGGCUGCAAUCUGCAGCACAUCAGCGACCGCGAAAACAUCGAUGAUUUGAACAUGGAAUUCAAUCCUUCAGACCAUCCUCGGGCCAGCACAAUAUUCCUCAGCAAAUCUCAGACAGACGUGAGAGAAAAACGCAAGAGUCUCUUCAUUAACCAUCAUCACCCAGGCCAGACCUCAAGGAAGUACAGCUCCUGCUCCACCAUCUUCUUAGACGACAGCACAGUCAGUCAGCCAAACCUCAAGUACACCAUCAAAUGUGUAGCUCUUGCGAUAUAUUACCACAUCAAAAACAGGGACCCAGAUGGAAGGAUGCUCUUAGAUAUUUUUGAUGAAAACCUCCACCCUCUUUCGAAAUCCGAAGUGCCACCAGAUUAUGACAGACACAACCCAGAGCAGAAGCAGAUUUACCGGUUUGUUCGGACGCUGUUCAGUGCUGCUCAGCUGACAGCUGAAUGUGCCAUUGUCACCCUGGUAUAUCUUGAAAGGCUCUUGACGUACGCAGAGAUUGACAUCUGUCCAGCCAACUGGAAGCGCAUCGUCCUCGGGGCGAUCUUGCUGGCCUCUAAGGUGUGGGAUGAUCAGGCUGUGUGGAACGUGGACUACUGCCAGAUCCUGAAAGACAUCACGGUGGAAGACAUGAAUGAGCUGGAGCGACAGUUCCUGGAAUUGCUACAGUUCAACAUCAACGUUCCUUCCAGUGUGUAUGCCAAGUAUUAUUUUGAUCUUCGUUCUCUGGCAGAAGCAAACAACCUGAGCUUUCCCUUGGAGCCCCUAAGCAGGGAGCGUGCCCACAAGCUUGAGGCCAUUUCUCGUCUCUGUGAAGACAAGUACAAGGACCUGAGAAAACCCACGAGGAAGCGUUCAGCAAGUGCUGACAACCUGAUUCUGCCACGGUGGUCCCCAGCCAUUAUCUCCUAACUGGGGUACCCUCCUGAGGCCAUCCCACAGUUUCUCCUCUUGUUUGAGAAGAGAUGAAUUUGGGUGGGUUUUUGUUUGUUUUUCUCUUUUCCUUCUGUUUUUAACGCAUAGCCCCAUCAAGGCUGCCUUCACGCCCACCUCUGCACCAUGUGGGUGUACACAGAGGCUUUAAGGGACGUGAGAUCAGUGUUCUGGAAAUCUGGUGUCAAGCCCUCCCGGCCGUCAUGAACAGCAUUUCUUUCAUGGAGGAAACAGACUCUAACCCUGGAGGAGGAGACGAAGGAAAGGGAGUUGUGUUGAGGCAGAGUACUUGGUAGUGUGGCUGUUCCUGGGUCUCUGGCUGGCUGUCGGGACCAGGCGGAGCCACAUGGUCGAUAGCAGAGCUGAACGCACAUCCACAUCAGGAGCGCCACAUGUGCCCUUGGAUCAUGCUCUGUAAGGUUCCUGCAUUCCUUCUUGCUGCUCUCUUGGGAUUGGGGAGGGAGUGUUGCUCGUCUUUAUUCUGGUUUGGUUUUGAUCCCACAGAGCAGAGAACAUAGUUUGUACCCACCGUGGCACAGACAUCCAAAUAAAUAGUACUGGUUGUUUAUCUCUGCACCAUUUUCUCUAGCUGUCUUCUGAGCUUUCUUCCUCACAAGUUAGAUGUGCUGGUUGUGCUUCUACACACCUGUUUUAUAGGAUUCUCUUUCAACAGCAGCAGGAUUAACGUGACUGCAGUGCUGAACCGAAAGCAUCCCUCUCCGCCCCUCCAAGAACACUGUCUAGAUUACACAGGUGCUUGUGCCUUCCAGUUUCCUUGCAAUUGGUUGUUUUUGGUUUUUGGUUUUGUCACCUCCUCUCCUUCCCAGGUUCUCUUUUUCUGCUAAUGUGAAGGUAUAAUUACAAAACUCAGACUUUGUGGCUGAAGGCGAAGGUCCUCAGCACAGGCAUCUUGGAUAGAGAAGCAUCUGGGAAGCCAGGUUUUUCUGACCUCAUUGUGAGGAGCCGUCUAUGUGCUCCCUGCCUGGUCAUUCUUCUACUUCCAUGUCCAUUGUUGCAAGCAAUAUUCUUCUCGACUUUUGUAUGUUUACUUUAAAUCAAAUUUAGUCUAUUUGUAUACAAUUUUUUUAAAAAUCUAAAAUUUAGAAAACGGGGAGUGGGUGGGUGGGUGUUCCAGUGGGGAGAUCACUAAAGGGAAAAAUGUUACUAUUUCCUGAGGUAUUUUUCACAGAGUGAUUAAAUAAAUAAAAAAAAAAGCUCAACUUGCAUUUUCAUUGUGGGUGCUUGGAGAAGCUAUACAAACUGUGAAGGUUCAUGCUUCCUUAGUUAUAACCAACAUUUGUGUUUUCUGACCGUUUCUGAUUUGCCUUGGGGCUAGAUUAGAAUCUUUUAUUGAGUAAAAUAAAUGGGUUAAAGGUGUCCUAUCAAAGAGAAAAUCUGACGUGGAGUCUUAAGAACUGGACACUCAGUCACACUGCAUCUCUUCUGCCCAUCUUCUUAGGUUGCAGUGACCAAGGUUUGUGAGAUUUUCACUGUUUGCAACACUUGAGAUAAACACUAGCAUUCGGUUUGUUACACGAAAUGGUGAGCUUGAAAAAGCUUAGAAUUGUAUGUUAGUUUUGAAUACCCUAAAAUCACAUGCCUGACCCCAGCAGACCCCUCACCUUGGAGCACACUUUGGAAAUAGAAGGAACGAAAUGUCAAAAUCCCAAGAGCAUGGAACCAGAAGUGUUAGUCAAGGUUCAGUGAUGUGUGUCUUGUGCAGUCAUGUUUUCAGUCAAAAGUAUGAGCAGGUUUUGGUCUAAUCUUCCAAAUGCAGGAAGUGAAAGUUAACUCCCCUCCCACUGCAUCUUUGAUGAUUUUCUCUGAGUGGGAACCAGGAUCAGCUUCACUCUUCAAGAACUGUAAAAAGAGGUCUAAAAUGUAGAAAGCAUCAUUUUGUAUUCUCUCAUCUCUAUAACUCUAAAAGGGACCUAUUUUCUUAGCCAAAUAUGAAUACCUCUUAGAUGAAUUCCUUCCUCUCCCGUAAAAUACCUUAUUUUACCAGCCCAUUUCAGGAAAGAACUGCUGACUUGAUAGCAGAAAUCUUAUUUUUAUUCCUUUUAUUUGAACGGGAGACUUGGAAAUUGACUUAAUGUAAAUAUUUCAAUGCACCUGAUACUAUUUUGUGGAGUUUAUUAAACUACUUUAAAAGAUUGUACAGUCUAUUUGUUGUAUGUAUGUACAGUCUGGCAUCUGGCAUCUGCAGUGACCCCUUAUAGCCUGGCUCACGUUCCUCAGACUGUUGACUGUUGUGUUGAAGCUUUGUGCACUGGACUCUACCUCUGAAUAAGAAACUUUUCCCUACUUAUCAAUGAGUGUUAAUCUGUAUUAAUUGAUUGUGUUUCUUGCACUAAGGAUUUCAGUUGUACCUUUUAGUCUGGAUUACUAGGCAUGUAGGUAGAGGCUCAUUUCAUUUUCCUGUACAAUAAUGAAGACUUACUUUUUGUUUUCUGGGUUGUUCUAGGUUUGCCAAAAGAAAAAGGAGAAAAACACAAAACAAGUCUAAUAGUAUGUGUUGCUAAAUCAUAGUGACUGUAACUUUGCAGAGUGGUUUGGUGUCCAGCAGCCGACCCUGGAAGCUGCUCAGGCAUGCUGUGUCAGGGCAACCUUUAGUGACGAGCGCAUCGUAGCUGGGAAAGGGUGGAGAAGGCCACAGUCUCCUGACUUUAGACUUGAUUUAAACAGCAAAUACAAGUUGUUGGAGAGUAAACACACAUCCUGGUAAUUUUGUUUUGCUUUUUUACCUGGGAGAGGAAAGGAGUUGAGUUAGUGAAGUAGAAAAUGACAAGACCCUGAAGGCCGUAGAGGUGCUCUCAUGCCUUAAUGCUCAGGUGAGGCCAGCUGAGGCCUCAUGCCUCCAGCUGUUGGGCUAGCUCUUCUGUGUUCCUUCUCUGUGCUCUUUGCCUGGACCGUUUCCAGCUUGGUGUUUCGCUCGGUACAGGGGAUUUUGCUGCUUAGCUGAGUGAGCUUCAAGGCAGGAUCUGGUGAGUCGUGAUUUCGCAUAUUCCUGCUGCUUUGGGGACUUGCAACCUGGGGCCAUAUUUUAGGCUUUGAGUUUUUAAUAUAUAUUCUUAGUUCACUGUAGAUAUUUAAUAAGUUAAAUAAACAUAUGUACAUAGAACAAAUAAUGUCUGCCUUCCUGCUCUAUUUUUUUAGUUAUGUUGAUAUAAAAUUGGACAGUUUUUUUUUCUUUUUUCAGAGUGGUAGCACUGGCCUGUAAUCCUAGUGGACAUGGCUGAGGCCGGAGGAUCAUGAUUUGAUUUGGAGGCUGGCCUGGGCUAUAGUAAGAUGCUGCCUCAAAAAAUAAAAUUGAAGAGAAUUUUAUGGGUGGUAGGUAAACUAAUUCUAAGAGCAGUGGGAGGAAGUGUGUGUGUCUUCAGUGAUUGAGAAACUUCAGUGAUUGAUGAGACCCACCUGGGACUUCAGGUGAGGACAUAAGUUACCAGUAGGACUCGGGGAGAAUAAACAUUGUCCUUAAAUAGUUUCUUAUAAACCGCGAUCUCCUGGCCUUUGCUGGAAUGAGUGUCUAAGAGUGAGGCUUGGUAGUUGUUGUAAGCAUGGAUGGUCUUCUGAAACGCCAGCCUGACAGUGAGAGAGGAGGAGACAGGAAGCAUAGCCUGCCGAAGAGCUGAGGCAGGGGGCAGAGGGAGUGCUUAGCUUCGGUCUUGAACCCUCAGCUCCAUGAACAAAAGAAAAGUUCCAGGCCCCUCAGAGAAAUAACAGCUGGCUCUUACUAGAUGCAGAUCACAGAGCAGCACCAGAAUGCCCCCUCAGAAGCAAACUUGCCUGACGGCUCUACCAGAGAUGAGGGAGUCAGUAAAAGGUGUGUGCUCACAGUGCUCAAGGCUUGACCAAGCCAUUCUCCUCCAUGCUGGUGGUUAGAGCUUUGCAGCUUUGCACUGAGUUUGUACAUGUGGAGGCCACAGCUGCUGCUUAGAAACUUCUUCAAGUAAGCAAUACAAAAAUAAUUACUUUCACUGCUGGUGUAAGGGUCACUGGAAAUUGCUUUGUGUGUGCACUGCUUCAGGGUGAGCUAUGCCCAAGACAAGAUUUGUUCCAAAAAUUAUGUAGAGUUCUCUAAGAAUCUGUUUAUAGUAAGAAAUGCCCUCUAACAUGCCUGACUGGAUGGCAUUUGAGUUUUAUAGGUUCCAGCAAACCACCUUGUAAACUUUUGUGAAUUGUUUGGGGACAGGGGACUUUGAGAACAUUUGUUUAUAUAAGUAGAUUCAAAUGUGCAAUCAAAGAAUGUCAUCUCAAAAUAAAUGCAGUUUUGACAAAAAGUGUCAA